CAUAGCUACGUUGCACCGACCUGCCAAGUCUCCCUUGCUGGUGCUCUGCUGACCAGAGGAAAGAGGCAGCACCAUGAGCCAAGUAGUGACCCGCCAGGAGCUCAGGACCGACCUCCAAGGGUUUCAGAACCAGUGCAGGGAGAGGUCGAGGGCCAAGGGCUGCAUCUCCAGUCGAGCAUACGAUUUCCUGUACGAUCCAUUAUUUAUUGUAUCAAGUGAGCGAGACCAUGCACAGGCAAAUAUCCAAGCCACCCUGGUUCGAAGCAGACUGAGAAAAGUUCCAAACUUUAAAUCCAUGUUCAGCAACCUGAUGCAUUAUCCAAGAUAUUCUCUGUAUUGGAACAAGUCAGACCCUGUCCCAUCAUUUGUCAGUCGAGAAUGGAAGGGACAUGAGGAGAAACACAAAGAAACCCUCCGUCAGCAUGCUGCAAUAGAUGCUUCUUUUCAGAUGCCUAAAGAAGUGUAUGAAGAUCCUGAAGUUUCUGGCAGAAAUCGCUACAAAUUCUUUGACAGGCCAUUCCUUCCGUUUCUUCAGCAGAUGCCACUCAAUGUUGUUUUAACAACAGCCAAGAUGGAACCAUUUGAUUUUUCUCCAACUUCUAAGCACACAUUCAUCCUUUCAAAGUCUACUGUGGGCACUCAGACUGAUUUUCGAGAUGCAGAUGUGCAAACAGAUCCAUACUCUCCAGAAUAUGUCGUCUGUCAGGACACUAUUCCUGAGCUCUUGACUCUGGCUACUCUGACUUGGGGCCGAGGUCUCCCAGCAGGACAGGCUGAGGUGGAAAUGAUAGAACGGGUUCGAGAGAAGCGCGCGUGGGAAGCCACUCUGCCCCCACUGAGCAACAUCUCCCAGUUUGAGAAGAGAAGGAAGAUGAUGAACGAAAUGGAGAGGAAGGAGUGGGCCUUCAGAGAGCACGAGAUUGAGAAACUGCAGGACCUGCGCCUGGAGGUUUUAAAAGAGCUGCUGAAGAAACGUGAGGAGAACCAGCAGGAGGUAAACCUGAGGCGUCUGAAUGCCCAGUGGUGUAAACUACAGGAAGCAAAGGAGGCGAAACUGGCCCAGAUCCAGCACAGACAUGUAUCAAAAAUCAGAAAACUUAUAGGAAAGAGAAAGAACAUAGAAGGGAAGUUGCAGAGAAGAGAUAUCAUCAAGGACUAUUCUGAUUUCUCAUCUCAAGUCUAUGGACCUCUGUCUCACCUUGGUCGUUUCCCAGACAACAACUCAGAGGACUUUGUAGUCAAAAAUCAUUAUCUCAAUACCUAUGAAGGCUUAGUGGAACUUGAGUCAUGUCUCCCAGAUUUUGUGACACAACUGAGGAUCAAACCUCCAAAGCCAAAAAUCACCACCACCAAAGCCGGCUUUCUGAAGAAGGCAGCAAGGACGGACUAUGAGUUGGCAGAAGUUCACAAGGCACUGUUGGAUAAGAAGAAUAAAGUUCUAGAAGCAAAGAAGCCUCUGCAUUUCCUUCAAAGAAACCCUAUCCCCCAGCCUCGGCUUCCAACUCCAACCUUGGAAAUGAGUCCAUAUAAAGAAGAAGAAAUCGAGAUGGCUGUAAUCUACCUGCAGAAGUUACUCCGGGGCAAAGCCGUGCAGAAUAUGAUGUUUGAAGGCAAAGAAAAGCGGCUGGAGUUGAUCCAGGCGUUGCGCACCACCCACGCCCUGCAAGAGGACGAAAAGCUACUGAAGAGAGCAGAGAGGAAAGAGACCCUGGCUGUGCGACGACAGAGGGACCUGCAUGAGCACAAGGUGUCACUGGUUGAAAACCAUUUGGGUGACCUGGAAGGAAGGGCACUGGCAGACAUGUUUGACUUCCUCUCCAAAGAGCUGGUGAGACUGCAGGAGGAGAGGAGGAUCCACGCCUUUGCCAUGCUGGCCGAGCGCCAGCGGCGCAUGCGUGAAGCAGAAGAGAGUGGUCGCCGCCAGGUGGAGCUGAGACUCUUGCAGCAGGAGGACCAGAUAUUUAAGGAGGUGAUUAAAGUUCACCAAAGUACUGUAACCUCUUAUCUGGAAGACAUAAUCCUGAAUACUGAAGAGAGUACCGCAGAAGAGCAGGCCAGAGCAGAAAUUGAGAAGAUUGCUGAGGACAUCAACAACGUUGUUUAUGAAUUGGAAAACCGUCGAACACAUCUUCAGUCAGAGGAGAUUGUUGCUGAGUUGGUUUACAGUUUUCUCAUCCCAGAGGUAAAAAAAAACAUUGUCAAAGAAAAAGUGAGAAAUGCACAGCGGAAGCACAUUCUUGCAGCCCAUCAGAUCAUCCACAGCCACACAGAAGCUAUGGUCCAGCAGAAUGCCACAGAGCAACAGGAAAACGAGGCUUCGGGUUCUGACAAGCCGAAGGCAGAGGAAGCUCAAAGUGAGGAAAAAAGCUAGAUGAAUUUGACUUUCCAUCCAGAAAAAAACGCAGGAACAUCAUAAGCUUUGUGUGCUACUCUAAUGAGCAUAAAGUGAGUGGUGUGUGUGUCAUUUAAAAAAUGAAGCUCUUCCAAAGAACUUAGAGCAUCUUGUCUACAUUAGGGCACCUAUUGCUGAGAUUAUUAGAAAGUUUGAGUUAAUUUUAUAGCCAUUGGACCCUUGUGAUUCAGAAAAUAGACUCUAGGGUUUUUUGGGUUUUUUUUGUUGUUGUUGUUUUGCAUAUCCUUUUAGCAUAUGACUGUGCUCCAUCACAAAUAAAGUAUCAUGGAAUGUAUAAACAUUGCUUUAAAAGCUCACCUCUCAUGGAGGUGGUAAGGUGUGCCUUGAUUUGUUUUACUACAGCAUGACACGGAACCAGCCCAGUUUAACCUCAACAUCUAGAGUGCCCACCAGGGGUUGGUGUUAGGCUCAACUAAACCUUCAUACGCAUAAAACUAAGAUGGACCAUAUUUGGCAUGAAUCUGCUCAGCAGGAUAUAAGAUAGGAGCAUGGCUUCUACCAGGGCAACAUCAAAUCCUUCUUGCUGUAGGACUCUGGCUGUGCCCAUACAGCUAUUUUCUUUAGCCCUAGGUAAUAGCACUGAAGUAACAUGAAAAAAGAGUCACACUGAGUGGGCACAGGACCUGCCUUCUUUACAAACCUCACAUCCCAAGGGUCAGAAUCUCUUGUAAUAAUCUUGUUGGCAUAGCAUCCAGGGGCCUCAAAAUAGACUUUUCCCGGUUACAAAAGUCAACACAGAGAGACGCUCAUAGUUUUGAUUCCCUGUUGGGCACUAAUAGUGUGCUUAUAAGUCUUCACCAGUCAGUGAACUUUAGUUAUGGUUGUUUGGUAACAUAGUUGGCACAAACCUAUGAUUUAUCAGAUUACUAGGAGUACAGAAAAGAAGUCCACUGAGAGUAAAGGGAAAAGGAGUGGACCUUUGCCUGUACCUCCCCCUCUUUCCUUUCUUGCCUUUCUUGAAGAAGGGUCAGGCUUUCCUGUCCUCUCAGAGUGCCCACCUUUGUUAGGGGAGGACACCAAAGCUUGGGAGGAACUUCUGUCUUGAUAUUGAGAAGCUCUGCCUUUAACUAUAUAAUCUUUUGUUUUGUUUUGAGACAGGAUCUCCCUGUAGUCUCAGCUGGCCCCAGAACUCA